GAAAAGUAUAGCAAAAAUUAUAUCUACAAUAAUUAUACAUUUUUAUAUAUAGUUUAGUAAAUAUAUAGAGAAGGUAAAUGUAAAAGAACGUUUAUUGACUUUGAUAGCAUUUAAAUUCACGUUUCACGUGAAAUUUAAAUUAAAUUACGAAUAACGUGCAAAGUGGAUGUUAUAGAAUGACAAAUUGUAGUAUGUUUUGUUUUCGCAUCAAAGUCGAUAAGUUCGUGUUUGGGUGUUACGUGUGCGUGUAUGUAUCGCAUUCCCGCCAUUACUGCAAUGGUUCAUUCUUAACGAGCCUGCCGCCCUCCCCUCUCUAGUAAAACUAUGGACUCGUCCAAUGUUUUCAAUCCCCCACCGAACAAAAUUUUUCCAUCAUUCGUUCAGGUUCUGAAAUUUUUUCGUCCCAAAUGAUUAAUAAAAAUCAAAAUCUUUUUUCUAGUCACGUACAAUAUUAAAAUAUAUAGAUACACGAGAAUAGUAAGUAGUUUUGUACGUGCUGUUUGGGUUCGGCCAUUUUGAAGUGGGGAAGGUAUAUGAGAAAACACGCGAUCGCUUCUGUCAUUCAUAACGCGAAUACUGGAAUCUCUUACUCGCGUGGUUAAUUAUUUAACGAAUAAUCGUUCGAAAGAAACUGUUAUCGUACAUAGAAACGAUAAUUGUGCGUAAAAAUAGAAAAGAAAAUAUCCUCGUAGAUAUCCCUCUGUCAGCCAUGUGCAUAAGUAUAUCGUUUAAAAUGUCCUCACAGCCUAUGGCAGGCGACCAAUGAGGAAAGGGUGGCAAAACCACGUGACCGCGGCUAGCCAAUCGCCGCGACGGGAUUUGAAAUCGUGCGUGGUCUUUGUUCACGAGCUUGCCGUCAACGUUACUUCAGUUCCGUAAAGGGGGCCUUGUGUCGGUGUCCGUUUAUACAUGGUCGCUGCCAAAAAUCGCAUAAUUCUCUUGUAAAUAUAUGUGUGAAAGUGGUGCUUGCCCGCAAGGACGACGUGCUUUAAGGAUUGUCAAACACACGGUAGGUCCGAUUAUGCUCUAUUACGUACCGUUCAUUCGAGUUUUCCUGAAAAAUCGGAAAAAUAUUUCAUGUGCUUUGCCGGCCCGCCGAGUCAUCGAAGCUUUCGAGUGUCAAGGUACGAGGGGGCAGUCAUGACGCUUUUGUGCAUCAAUUUUUUUUUUUACGUCUUUCUCGUUUUAAAGACUUUAUCACGCGUACGAUGUAUUCAAGUUACGUUCGUGUUUAUAUACAAACGGUUGACCAUAUCCAACAAAUCUGUCAGACCUGUUUAGUAGUUCAAUGAAUUUGUUGCCCUUACGGUGCCGGUAUUUUUUUUGCCGUUUUAGAUGUAAUUUCACGAUCAGCCACAGGAUUCAUACGUUUACCGCGCUUCGACGAUUCGACGACGUAAGCGGCCGUGAACAUAUCACCAUGGCAAUUAUUUAUUAAACGUAUAGCACGUUACACGAAAAUAAACAAUCGGCUCGACUCGUCUGUCAAAUCGAACUGAAUGAAUGAUUCAUCGUAGACAGAAUGGACAUCCGUAUAACUUUCGGCGGGAAGAGAGUGUAAUACCGGGAAAUCUUACUAAUUAUAAUACGUGUUUCCGGUGAUGAAAGCUAUCGUUAUAUCGUACCUUUUAUUUCUCUACGAUGCCACAUUCGUAUUUUUACGACGAAUCGUUCCCGUUUAGAGCCGCGUUCGUGAAUGACAGAGGCAAAUAAUCGUGCACGAAAGUGGCUUCUUUUAUUAUAAAUUUUUAGCGUUUUUAUUCGAUGAUAGAUCAUCGAAUACAACUGCAUCUCCUAUAGGUUAAUUCGAGCGUAAUAUAAAUAAUUAUCGAUUUUCAGAUACACUCCGAAUUAAAAUUAUGUACCGUAUACUGGUUUAAUCAAUGUUUACUUGUACGUUGCAUAAUAUUCUCGAGUAGUAAUACUUGACUCGUUUUGUACGCAUUCAUGAGACUAUGUAAUAAGACGACAGUGUUUAAUAACGAAAAAUAAUUGUUCGUGAGCAUAAUUAAUAUUUAAAAUUAGUAUAUUAGGUCGGAUUAAUACAUUCCCGUUAAAAAUUCGUGGAACGAAACAAUUGGGAUCGAUAAUGACCUGGGCAAUAAUUGAACAAGUACCUAUUUUCGGUAGGGAUCAGGAAUAUAUAAGGCUAUUAAAUUUCCGGCAAGAAAGGACCGACAUUGUCGAGUGUUACAAUCGAUACAUUGUAGUUUCGUAUAUUGACGCCUAACGGUGCAUCGUUCGUGAAAAAUUGUUUUCCUUUCGGACUUCCCAGAAGGACGUUUUUCGAAAAUGUUGCGAAUAACGAUAGUAGGGAGGACCCCUCGAGCAGUUUCAAGCCUCACCGCCACGGAGCUAUUGACCGUGGGAACCUUCUGGGAACCCCACUUCUCGCCAUAUGCCCACCGCAGGAAAUAUCCUACAGGCUCGACCGAAAUUUACCUCGCCAUGUUCGUGUUCACGAAUGAUUAUUUGUCACUGCGGAGUGGUCGUUCGUUCGCGUUGCCGAAUACUUUUUUGUUUAUUCGGUACUUUUUUACACGAGGGUAAAGAAAAGUCGUUCCUUGUAAAUCGAUGUCAUGCAUCGCUGAUCCUUUUUAUAAUUUCUUGGAACACUGUUUCUUGAACAAGUUUAAUAAUUAUGGAUCUUUAUUAUCGGUAGCGGAGGAAAUAAUUAAACAAUUCAAACUCUCGGAUACGGUUAACGUCGAGUUUAAAAUUUACGUUAACGAGUUAUUAAGAACAUCGUAAUUACACGUUCGACCGUUUUUUUCCUCCAUGCUUUUUUCUGUUUACCAAUGAAUCGUUCGAGGCAAACGUUUAAUUCACACGAUUGUUCUGUAACGAAGCCAGAGAGUGUCUCUCGGACGAGUUAGAAAGUCGCUUUGAAAGAUGUAGAAGGAUAGAGUCGUAAAAAAGUUCGUAAAUUACGCUUUCGUGCGAUGCUUAUAGUUUGCUCUUACGAUCUACACGGUCAAUGCGAUUAAAAUUUAGUUGCGCAAAGUUCCUGUUAACACCGCAACAGCCAAUAAGCGGAAAUUAUUUUGAAAUAUUUAUAUAAACGACGUCACUUUUUGCAACAUCGAUAUACUUUAAAUUAUUGUAAUAACGCUAUCGCAUUAUUGUAAUGUCGCUAUUAUAAAAGUGAAAUCAAUCGAAUGGCGUGAUUUAUAACGUUCACGUUGCAAUUUUCGGCAAAUUUAACUUUGAUCGCUAUCGAAUUUAAUCGAAAUCGAGAACCGAUUCUGUUCUCUGGCAUCGAUCUCGAUAAAGAUGUUGGAACACGCAACAACUUGUGGCUUACAAAUACGUAGGAAAAUACGCUUCGUCGAACGUGGAUCGCGUGCCAUUCGGUGUGCAGCACGCGAAAUUUUUCAACGAGUCAAAUCGGUUCCACACCGAGUGAAAGCAAAAUGGUACAAAUAGAUAGCGAGCCGUUAAAUUCGAACAUAUUCCCCUAGGCUUCCGUGUAAUAUCGAAAAAUUGUAGGUUUCAACAAACAUUUCCGGGUGUAACGAGAAUUAUUUUUGGAAGGUUGCCAUUUUGUCCGCGGGAUCGUUGGAAUAUUCCGUACUAUUCAACUAUUUCUGGAUUCCAGGCUGUUUCGUAAUACCGCUUUUAGAAUAUUUUAAUCGAUGCGCUAGAAAAAAGUUGUCUGAUCGUUACUUUAUUAAGAUUCGAGUCACCGUAAUUGUCACGAUAUUACUAUGGCUAUUACUAUGGCAGACAUUUUUUCGCGCCAAUUUGCCACUGGCACACGUCCACGUGUACGCGACAUUCCCGCGUUCGAUCUGUCUAUGGCGGGUCGAUAGAGCGUUAAAGCAUCGGUUUUAAAAUUCAAUUUUUAGUUCCGGAAUGAAACGAUCGCGAACGCGACUGUAUAAAUAAGUUGUUUUUGCAAGCGAAUCGUUAGAUAAUCGGUAAGAUUGUUUGCUCGUUGCAUCGGGCGAUGCGGUCUCGGUUACGUUUGAAUUUAACCCCAGGUAACGCGAUGAAACCCUAACGGGCUAAUAUAAUCAACAUUGUGUCUGGUACGAGCAUUACGUAUUCGUGGAACACGAUCGUUAACUUAAUUAAUAAAUAAUUCGUAGCGACGCUGAUCGGACAAUUGGCAGGGCUGAAAAGCAUAUUAUCGGGGUAAAUUUUCGAACGGUCUUAUUCGCGACUGGCAAGAAUCGAGCAUCACCAUUACACGCGGCACCGAGGCUAGGCUCUGUUGCGUUCGCGAGCGUGUGCGCACACGGCAUACUGCGACAGGGUGCAGACACGCUCUUCGUAGCUCUGUUGCAAACACUGGUCGACCGGCGGCAGGAAUAUCAGAUCGAUACUCGGCGAAAAGCGCGGUAGGAGAGGCGCAGCUCUGUACCGUAUCUACGGUUGGGUCCAUCGCAAGAUCCAGACUGGCUGCUCUCCGCGUUCACGGAUACGCCCCUUCCCGUCUUCUAAUGCCAAUCAAAUUCGUCGGCUCCUCGCGCUUCAAUUUUAUCGGUCGCGAGACAAAAAUUUACCUAAUUAUUCUUUCUCGUCUUGCCUGUUUUUUUAUUUCGUUGGGCGUUAGAGAGAUCCUCGUUCGGUUUCGAAUGGUUCUAACGAAGGGACGGAUUGAUCGCGCCGCUCCCUAGGGGCGAGAGAGAAGUUGGCCGAUAGUAGAGGGUAAAUCUUUGCGAUUGUAUACCGAGUCGGCGUUACCGCUCGUAAUGGGACAUCAACCGUCUAAUUGCAGUAGUUAAACCUCGUAGAUAUAAAAGAAGCGAUGCGAACGUAUCUGUUCGCGCAAAUUCGAUGCAUACGAGACUGUGCUAUUUAGAAGGAAAUUAUGGAAGUUAAUAUGAAUUUUUAUUUCUUCUCCGACGAUCCUUUACAGCCGCGAAAAUUGUAUCGAGAAACACGUGAUUAGAUCGGUACAGUUGGCUCACCGUACCACUCGAACGCUUUCACGUUGCUUGACUAGAUAUCAAGGCACGAGUACACAUUGGUUUUCUAGUGUUUAUUUAAGAGCCGUGAAAACGAAGAUACAGGAAACCACUCCCGGUUGCCUCUUCGUUUCUCUUUCGAGAGUCACAUUUAAUCUUUUUUCUUCGCCGUUGAAUAAUAUCUUCUGCAUACAUCGACGCUAAUAUUAUUGUUAGUAUCUGGUGCUCGUCGAACAGAUUCUGCCCACACCCUCGCGAGCUCUUCGACAGACUCUGAUCUUUACUAUUCGUGAACAGAAAUGUGCAUUUAAUAUAUUCGUCGAUUCAGGAAACAUUCUCGUCACGUUACGGUUCGACUACCACGAAAGGGAAGUCAGUCAGGGUCCUAUAGCUCGGAGGAAACGGAAAAAUUCCAGCGGUAAUUUCGGGGGUUCGAAAUUUCGAUACCUGCGGCUUUGGGACGCUUUCGUGAACAACUGUUGCGUCCGGGGCUGUCCAAACGGUGGUGCCCUUUCAUAUUCGAUCGUCUUCAGAACCGAGGCACAAAAGGAUACGUCGAGGCGGUCGACCGAAAUAAGUGGACGCAUCGUCGUUGACAUUGUCGCGUUGCAUUAUCGGAUAAUCGAGUCACCGUUAGAUCUAGUAGCGUACGCUGCUCGUUAUUUCGGUAAAAAUAGGCAAAGUUUAUCGAGCAAAGAGUAUCGGCGAUGUCGCAACGAAAUCUUAUGAAAACGUUAGCUCCGCGAUCGCGUUACAAAAGCGUUGAAAAUUAAUGAACGAUCGAAACGACAACAAUAGAAGGGGUAUAGUUGCAAAGAUUGAUAGAAAGGUGGGGGAAGUUGCGUGACCUAUUUGCAUAGAAACGAUGCAGCGUACGAGUAAACGCAACGUUUAUCGGAGCUCGACGAAUCCUGGUCGCAAACAUUAUCGGCGGAAGCGUGUACCGUGAAGGAAGUAGCCGGUGAGCACCGCGGCCAUGGGAAAAGAUUUGCCGCGAGAUGCGUUACGUUUUCACGACCGUGAAACCGACGUUCGACUCACCUAUGUUUUACUCCUCCAGCGUGUACACCGAAAGCGUUCGUUUUAUUUACCGUAGGAGAGCGUUAUCCUUCGGAAAGUUCAACGUUUAUUACCGUCGAUCGCAACGCGAACAAUAGACGAAGCGGUUGUAAGGAUAAAGUUAUAACGAAGAAGGUCGGUCCGCGAGGGAUAGCAGAAUAUCGAAGCAAGAAGAAGGGACGAGUAAUUGAGCCGGUGCUAAAAAUUCGUAGCUACCUGCCAGGAAAGACUUCCGCCGUCCGACACGCUUCGACUCUCUUCUUACCUGCGCGUAAUGGUAGUUUCGAGAACAAAGGGACAGCCAACUUUUACACCUGUACCUGCAAAUACCACAAAAACUCGCGGGGCCCCUUCGAGACCCUCGCAAAUGUAUUCGUUCCAUCGGGGAAAACCUUCUUGCUUUCGAACUUGUCCGACCAUGAUCGUUAGUCAUUUUCCAGACAUCGGCUUUUCCUCGACGACUCUACGCUUUUCUUUGAUCUUCUGGUUCGUUUAUCCGUCGCGCGGGGCUCGAAUUUUCGUGAACGAUAAGGAAAGAAGAGCGUAGGAGAGACGGCAAGAAAAUCCAGCUGCAGAGUUCGACGACACGUAAUGAAAUUGACUGCUCUCGGCAGCUGGCCGUCGAGGAGCAAUACGCGGCAAGGAUAAAAACAUGGCCAACUUGCUUCGGUAUCGUAAAUUUAUGAGUCGCGUUAAUUCGUGAUCGUCCGGCCCGAUUCCGGACGAACCGAAUGGUAUCGUUAACCUUUUUUUGAUCGAUUGCCAAACGAUGCUUUCGUACGAAACAUUUUUCUCCGGUAUGUUCAUAGGCUGUUACGUGUCGAGCGAGCAAUUUCGAAAGAUAGAAAGUCCGACUCGGAUUUGUUGACACAAAAAUAUCGCAAAUUAAGCAAAUUAAGUAAAUAUCCGAGAACCGGUCAAUUCGUGCCAAGAAUCUCGAUGAAACGUUUACGCGGUCAUUUUCAAAUCCAUGCGACGUAAGCGCUGUUUCGCGAUAUUUUUCUGUCACCUAAUCGUGUCAGACUUUCCCCCGAAUAAUAGCAGAGAGCCCAUCGUAAACGCGUCACCGGUGUUUCCUAAUAGUUCCAACCGUACGGAUGAACGUUAUCAGAGCCGACGGACAAACGUCCAUUUAUUAGACGAACACGAUUCACAUUCGACUCGCUUCAUAUAUAAGCCCUCUUCUGUGCGAUUCAAACCGGUUCUCGAGCAACGAUCACAAAGAAACCCGGCGUUUUACGCGCACGCGAAGCCUAAACCCGUCGAUUGGCCGACUUUGCUUCACGACAUUUAUAAAAAUAUCAUUUUACGCCGAUCCUUUCUACCGUCCUUCCUUACAAAAAUUGCUUGUUCCCAGUAAUAAACUCGCAGCACGUAGGAAGCGAAAGAUUAUUUAAAAGCAUUCAAAUUACCAGGAAAUUUCCUAUCGUUAUACUCGAUUAGUUUUCUAAGCACGCCACAGGAGCCAAUUUUAGUUGAGCCGCAAUUUAUUUGUUGCAUUUACACCGCGGUAAACGUACCGUAAAAUAUUUUCCUCUCCGUGUACGAGCGAGGCGAACCCGUGUGCAGCUGCAACUGUUUUUCUCGCCGCGGUACUGGAACUCGCGUUUUAGCUCGGCUUAACAGCGAUAUUUGUUUACCGAAUUUUACGCGUCAACGAGAAAACUGUUUCCGCCGGGAAAUCUCCUCCAGAUUUUUCCAUCUCGCGAAUCAUUUUCAUCUGCUCCGCGUGGAUCGUUAUUCGUUGUUUACCAAAGUCGUCCGACGUUUGUCCGACGAUACCCAGAUGCUUUUUAGAGCUUCAUCUCGUUUUAAUUAUUAAACAACGCGCCAGUUAUUGUCGAACAACGGCCAGACAGACCUUUACCGCGCAAAGAUCCAAGUUCCGAGACGAGCUUGCGCCAUAACGAUUGUAUUCGAGUGCAAAGGAUUAAGCAACGUAGCAGGAGUCGCUCGAACUUCGUAAUUACGCGGAGCUUUUGUGGGGAAAGAAGAACGGAACUUGCCCUUUCUCUGUGCUAACUUCUCCUUUUCCUCGUGUACGCGUUCAUCAUUUGCAUCGUCUUACACGGACGUUUCGUCAGGUGUUACAGGUACACGGUUACACCCGUGGCCGUGUGCGCGCUCCCACACCGUCACGAAAACUCGGUGAAAGGGAAAUCUGCUCGAUCGUUUGUAACUUGUGGAGGAGUUGUUAUCUUUCAGCUCGACUCGAGUUUCGUGGAGUUGUAACUCUUUUAACCCUUCAAACCUUCGCCCCGAUUCUUCCUUAUCUUUCGUUUACUAUGUUCAAACGUCACGUGCGAUCUUUGCGGCGCUGUCACGAGAGACCCCCACGGACGAAAUCGCUUGCAAAUUCCCCUAUUUUUUCGUGCACGUUAUAUCAACGCGUCAUCGAAUAAUCAUUAUCUUCGUUAUCCUCGCGAAGGAACCUCUUGAAUCGUGUUGAAUAACGAUUACAUUUUAGAAAGUUAUGCGUGUCAUGUAACUUCUGGUUUUAGGUAAUAUACCGUAAGAUAUUAAGUACGGCUACAUUUGUAGAAACGGAGGAAAGACAAUGUUUUACGCGGUCAUAAAAUUGUCGGAUAGUAAAAUGGAGGGAUCGGUCUAGGAUGAAAUAGAGGUAGCAAGAGAGAGGUAGAGAGGCCCUUUAUGACCUGCGAAGGAUUUCAGGUUGAAUAGCUUCAGGGUCUUAGGAUCGUCUAACGCUGGAGGACCCUUCUCGGAACUCGAGCUUGAAGAGGCGAGGGAAGAAAGAUUAUCCUGUUGCAUGAACGAGAUACAAUUUUCGACGACGACCCUCCUUCCUGUAAAUGGCCACGCAUAAAAUUACACGCUUACGACCCUUUGCAAAUUCGUUUUUAAUUGAUUCGUCCUCGACGUUACGGUCGUUCGACUGUCAUUUUUCCAACUAUCGGAUCGUAAAUCUGCUCGAUCGAAUUACCGUCGUUUAUCCGUAAUUGAUUUUCCGAAUGGAAAAUGUAGCUAGGGUUCGACGAGGUCCUCUACAAACCUAUUGCUACAAUAAAUUUAUAACCUUUGUCCGGUUUAGUCGGUCAUAAAGUUAACGGGGUUUCUAGGGUGGUCGUUUCCAAUGAACAAAUUUCGGGGAUUCCCUUCGAUUUCGAUAGACAAAUUUUCUCGAGCACUCGAGAACAUCGGCAUAGUCGGUGGUUUUCCGUGAGAACGACCGAGUGGAACGACCAUUUGAUACUCUGCGAUAUUAUUACAGGUAAGUGGACAUACUUUUUCAAGGCUGUUCGUCGUCUCCCUCGGUCAAGUUUUCGCCAAAGACAUUGAGAAGCGGGCAGGGACUUGUUCCCAACGAUCCCUCACUCUCGAUACUUAAUAUCGUUGCAAAUUUGUUUGACCCAAUUUCGUGCUGUGCGUCCGAUCAAAUUGCUUUCUCGUUCCGCUGACGAUAUCAAACGUGUUCCGCUCGAAAAAUGUUUGCGUUCACGUUUUAUCGAAAUAUCUCUCGAAUGUUGCGAUAGAUCCUCGUGAUAAUUAAACUGUCAGAAGUAAGGGAUGAAAGCGAGCUUAAAUCGUAAAAAAUUGAUCGGUCGUUACGUGUACGGUACGCGUCCCGUUUCCAUCGGUAAUCGGUCUUUCACCCGCGAACAUCUCGGCGAAUAACAACCUUGGGCCUUGGCCGCUUUAUUUUUGUCGGUUUUCGAGCCUGGUUCUGUCCAAAACGUGUCUCGCUCGCGCGCCCACCGCGUCUGCUCGCGUCGAACGUCUGUUACGUUUUUCUUCUUACGUCUCCCUCGUUUUCUUUUCCGUUUUUUCUUACUCCUAUGGCCCAAGAACUUCCAUUCAGACGUUAAUUCAUCUCCGAGACUUUGUUAACGCUAUCGCGGUGAUACGUAGCAUCGUAUAGACUCGUUCCGUAAUUAUUCGAGCGAAUUAAAUCCUUAAUGAUUGGCAUACGUGUCACGUACGAGUACUACUUGAAUUACGCUAAAAUCGUGCUACGAGUAUUUCUUUGCUCCGUUCGCGGAGGAUUCUCAUUUGACCAGAUUAACUUAUCGACUGCACACGGUUGAAGAGCCGUUUUAUAAACGCUGUUGUUUGUUGCUCGUGAACGGGUCGACGACCCACUCAUCUCGACGUAGCUCUUCUUUUUCUCCCGUUUCCUAGUUUCAUUUUUCUCGGUAUGAAAAUUUCCAACGGGACGGAGGCGAUUGCCGUAAGCUGUACACCAGUCAGCGAAAACCGACCGCGCGUUACCUUGCCGCGAAUCCAUCGCAAUUAUCGGCCCGUGAAUACAUUACGCUUACUCGUUGUAACGCCUCGAUAACUCGAUAUGCAUCUCGUGCAAAUGUUUAAUCAUCCGUCUGAUCAGGGUUUCGGUGUAAAUGGAAAUCCUGCCGUUUUACGCGUUAUUCUAUUUGGAAAAUUUUUUCCUGACCCUCGACCGUAACGCGUUCUCGGGGCGAAUCGCGUGCGUAAAUGUUUCGUUUGAAAAAUUUUGUUACUCGAAACGAAAAGGCUUAGCUAGCGUGUUGUUCGCGGCGGAUGUACGAAGCGAUGCAUACGCGAUUGCAUCUGACCGCAGAUUCCACGGAGUGCUCGAUGUAAACGUGCCCUGUGCACAGCUCAUUUGUGGCUGGAGUAGCAUUUACACAGACUUACACGAACGUUGACUCGAGAACGUUACAGUGCGCGCACACGUCGCGUUCGCUUCUCCGCUUCUGGGAAUUGAAUUUCUUUAGAAAAAGUUCCUCGAGAGAACCCACGACCCAAAAAGUAUCUCUUUUAUUUUUUCCUGUAUCGUCGGUUCCGAUACCGUAUAUCAUUCCGCGCGACUCGAUACCAAUUUUUCUUGAAAAAAUCAUCGAAGUGAGUAUACGUAGGUAGUUAUCGGCGAGAGUUAUCCUCUCGGUUAUCCGCGUGUUUGCACGCGGUAAAGAUCGAUCGCUGGUAAAAUUGAUUAAUGGGUACCUUACGCGAUCGAUAGUCGGCGUUGUCGAGUAAACAAGAUCAUUUUCGAUUUCAGCUAGUAGGCGCUCCGUUACGCUUCUACGUCUAAAAAUAUCGUUCGGUCACGUACGUAUGUGGACUCGAAUGUCUCGUGCGCGUAAAGGCCACUCCACGAUACGCGAGUCGUUACGUGGAGCAGGGUCAGUUCUCCGUUCGUCUUUCUCUUUUCCCUCUUCUCGUCCGAUAAUUCAACCGCUUGUUUUCCCUCCACUUUGUACAGGUAUUUUUAGAGCAAAGUCUCGAUCAAGCGACGCGCGAAGGAAAACCGUGUUACGAGAGGGGACCGUAGGGGGCAAGGUUUUUAGCGUUAAUGCGGGGAGUAUUUCGAACUUGAAGUUAAUCGCGCGUAACGCGUUAGAUGGGUUUUAUUAAUUUCGAAGAAACACGAGUUCCGUACACAGUGGUACACAGAGUUAGGUCUCUUUCUCUCUCUCUGCGCUGUUCAUCCAGCUGAUAAUUCGAUGGUCGCGGCGCAUCCGGCACCCAACCCGCGUAUACGUAUAGCGCGGGUCGAGUGGUUUGUUCUGUAGGCCACGGCUCGAGAGACUCGUCCCACGAAUCGUUCGACUAGAGGCCGAGAGCCAGGGUUAGCUGGAAAGAAACGAAAGAGAAGCGGAGAAGAUGCUUCGUGACAGAGAAAUAUCGGAUGCGAGAGAUGGAAAGCUACGAGCGAAAGAAGUCGAAAGAUUGAUAAUAUCCUUGAUCGUUAAUGAGGGUCCAGAUGGAGGAAUCUAAUGCCUUUUUCUUUCCUUUCGCCAACUGUCUCUGCGGGUCCAAAGAAUUGGGAAGUGUAUAGAGAGAAAGAGCGGAGCAAAGGAAAAAAAAUGAAACGGACGAAAGAUGAAACGGUAAAAAGUAAUCGUCAAUGUCACAGGGAAGCGGAUCCAAAAGGCCCAGAAAAUUCGUGGCGGAACAUCAAACGUGCCAACGAACAGACGGGGAAAAAGAAUCGACGGAUAAAAACACGCGCGCGUGACGGAGAGAGAGAAAGGGAGAAUUUCGAAGAGAAAAGGAUCAAAGCGGGUUCUUUUCGAACGUAGUAGAACCACGAACGAGACGAAGAGGCGAAAGCGCGAGAAAGACGAGGACGGAAACGGUGAAAGAGAAAGAAUGAACGCGAACGAGAGAGAAAGAGUGGAAAGAGAGAGGAAAUUGUCUGUACGGAACGAAAGGAACAGAGAGGAACGAAGCGAGUGGGAUAGUUAAACGUGCAAGAGUAGGGUUACGAGGAGACGAGUGGGGUAGGGGGUAGAUACUACGAGUCCACGCGUUCUAUAGUAAAUCGACUAUAGUACUAUGAGUCAGUCACACCCACAAGCCGGUUGUGGGUUCAAGACCCUCGUUGCGCGCUCGUACACGCUGUGUACAGUGUACACGCACACGCGAGGCGCGCCUUGUGUGUACUGCUGCGAGGUCACGCGCACGUAUACGCUCGAGAAUCUAUUGGCCUUGCUACGAGAGAUCGUGAGCAUGAUCCUUAGAUUCGAUAAAAUCAUCGAAAUUCAACGAGCCAUGCAUUUCUUUUUAUUUCACCAGGUCAGGUGAAUGUUGGAUACGGAGAGUAGACACGGUACUGGGCUGGUUCAGGGACCGACGAGGGACCCUUGGCUCACGAUGGAUUACUACCUCGGCACGGACAGUUUGUCGUUGCAAGAGAUGCUCGAUGUCGACAUCAAAUGCGAAAUCGAAGGAGUUAUCGGUGGACACACGGAAUUGGGUUUCAAUUUCACCGACAUGUCCACUUUAGAGAUGGACGACGAUCCCAUUGGAUGUCAGAACGAUAUCAGCGGAUGGUUCGGCUCCACCAGUUUCAUCAAUGGAAACAGCAAUAGCUCCAAUAGCAAUUUCAACCUUGACCUGAGCGGGAGCGAUGCCGCUUCCAUCAUGGUGAAUCCGAACUCCGUCAUGCCUCACAUAGCGAUCCGAAGUCCUAGUCCAAACAACGGGAGAAGGCACUUCUCGUUUUCCAUGAAGAAGGAAAUAAAGGAGGAGAAAAUUGAUAUCGAGGACGAACCAGAAAACGAUACUAAUAGUUACAUAGAGAACGAGAACGAGAAUGAGAACGAGAACGAUAACGAGAACGAAAUCGAGAAUGAAAAUGAAAACGAGAACGACAACGAUAACGAGAAUGAAAAUGAAAAUGAAAACGAGAAUGGAGAGGAGAAUGAAAUUGGCAAUGACACCGAGACGGAACAGUACGAGAACGAUAUUACGGAAACGGAAGAGGAUUCCGAUGACGAACAAGAACUUUCCAAAUCUGUAACACCGUCCAAGUUGAAAACAGUUUCGAUAUCUACGAUCAAAACGAGUUCGCCUCAAUUCAUAAAAACACAAUCAACCCCGAAGAUAAACGGCAUGUCCGGCAUCAGGGUACAAAACUUCAAGUUGCUGCAAAGUCCUCAGACACCGCAGCACGUGCGGAAGCAGAUCUAUAACAACAAUGUUCACGUCAGUCCAGGAGCCACCACUGUGGCUUCGAUGAAAAGAGAGAAAGAAUUUGAUUUGUCCGACUACGAUGACAAACCCUAUCCCAAACCGGCUUAUUCGUAUUCCUGUUUAAUCGCAAUGGCGUUGAAAAAUAGUCAGACGGGUUCUCUACCUGUUUCCGAGAUAUAUAAUUUUAUGUGCGAACACUUUCCAUAUUUUAAAACGGCUCCGAACGGUUGGAAGAAUUCUGUAAGGCACAAUUUGUCGUUGAACAAGUGCUUCGAGAAAAUUGAGAAGCCUGCAGGAAAUGGAAACCAGAGAAAAGGUUGUCUGUGGGCUAUCAACCCAGCUAAAGUGGCCAAGAUGGAUGAAGAAGUUCAGAAGUGGUCUAGGAAAGAUCCUCUGGCUAUCAAGAAAGCAAUGAUAUAUCCAGAUCACUUGGAACUCCUCGAGAGGGGUGAAAUGAAGUACGCGGGCAGUGGUGACGUAUCGGAAGAAACGGAGAGUUCUGGAGACGAAGCCGCCGAAGAAAGCACGACGUACGACGAGUCCAUCCACAGUCAUAUAGCUGCAAAUUCUGUGACGGAUAGCUACGACGAAAGCAGUCAAGACUGUGAUAUAGACAUAACGGAACAUCUCUACGACGAGAUCGACAUCGAAGAGCACAAGGAUGCAUUGCAUAUGCAGCUGAAUAUCUCGAAACAGGAAUCGUUCGAAUACGAACUUAGCCCCAGUACGAAAAGGCAAAAGACGUUGACCGGUGCAAUACAGGGAAACUAUUUGUAUCAACCUGUAACUACGUCGCGAAGAAAAACACCACUGUUUCUGCGAGCCGGCAUGGGAAACGGCUCUUUUCUUAAAAUCGAUUAAAUUUAGGUUUAUCAUUUCAACGUAAAUUCCUAAUUUUAUACGUAUCGAUAGAAUGGUAAAGGAAUAACUUGCAAAUGCACAUAGGUGAAAAAUGUUUGAUACAGGACAUAUAUUAUUUUUCAUUGCUUUUUUACGUUUUUCUUUCUUCAGUUCUAACUCUGUACUUAAUCCUAUUGUUUUGUUCCGGUUUAGAAGUUUUCAUUUAUUUGUAGAUUUUUUUCGCGGUACGUUCGUCUAUAAGUAAAUGAAAAGAUUCGAAGAAAAUAGUAGGAUUAAUAGAAACGAGGUAGAACUUCCGUAUCAUAGGAAUAGACCUUGAAGAGAAUAUCGAAAAGUUCAAAGAUUUAAACUAUUUUUUUAUUUUUCUACUAAUACUUAAUUAUACGAUUGUAAAAAUAUUGCGUUUACAAUUUUUACAUCGCCAGUCUUGACUUUUGAAUAAUUCUCAUAGUUGAUAAUAGUGUUCUUACACACGCAAUCGAUCGGUUGAAGAUACAAUAUUUAUAGAGAUUGCUGAUUUUAUUUUAAAUUACAAUCUUUCGUACUGCGAGUACUAAUAAUUUUUCUUCGACAAAGAAAUGUUUCUGUAUCAAGUAUUUUUUACUGUUCUUGACAGUUGCUGAUAACAACAUUUAUUGCGAUUAUAAAAAUUAUGUAUGCAACGUCAUCUUUGUCUUUUUUUAAUUAUCACGGAAAGUAGGUAUAAAAGAUAUUUUUUUCGAGCAAACUUUUACAUGCAAUCGAUGAUUUUACGUGACAAAUGAAAAUAUAAUUAUUUCAAUUUUUCUAUGACGUGCAUAAAACGAUUUAUUCACGAUUAUAAUCGUACAUGUACAAUUUUGAACGAGUAGGGACAAAAAUGGAAAAGUGAACAGAAAAAUUAAGUAUGAAGCGUUAGAUAACAUUAUAGAUCAAUAAGUAUUUUGGUCAUCGAUUGGCCAGACUGAUGUAUUAUACUUUUUUAUACAUUGCUGGACUAAGUAAUAAUUGUAAAUUUUUAUCACGACUGUAUACCUGACAAUUAUAAAGUUACUUAGAUUCGUAUAACCGAUAUAAGAUAGAGUACAAAGACGAGACAGCUAUAGGAGAAUUUGAAUAUGUAAAAUUUUGUAGUAUAUGUAGAAAUAGUUGGGGAUUGUAUACCUGAUUUAGCGUUUUAUAUUCCCGACGAAAAACUUGUUCUUUUUUUUUUCGUGGUAAUACAUGCCUCCGUUUUUUACUUUUUUUUUUAUUUAAAUAGAACGUUGAGACGCUUCUCAUAAUAUGCAGUUUUAGGCCAGUGGAAUUAUGUAAUUUUCACAUUGCGCGAGUAAUUAUUUUUUCUUACCUAUAAAAUCUAAUAUGUAUAUGUAAACUUACAUAUGUAUACUUUUUUUUAGUCAUCCGUCUCGAUGGAAAAAGAUAUGAUCUACUUAAUUUUUUCAUCCUGUCUCUUCGUACAACUUAGAACAUAAUUCUCAUAUGUUUUGUAAGUAAUGUGUCUGUGUAACUUCAAAAUCUAAAAUUGAAUUCUUAUGAUAACAUACCAGAAGAAGUUCGAAAGAGUCGGAUGUAAAAGUAUAACACUGUAAUGUUUUAAACAUUUUCUCGCAUACAUUUUUAAGCCAGCUAAUGAUUUAAACAGUUUAAACUCUUUUUAGACUAUAAAUAAUCGUUGAAUAAUUUGCGUCUUAUUCAUACUUUAAAAGGAAUAAUAUUUUUAACUGUGAGAAACGAGUAAGAGCAGUUUGUAAUAAUAUAGCGUUACACGACUCUUUUACCGCUGUCUGAGAUGUGUGUCUUAUAAGUACAGAAAUUUCGUAUUGUAUUUCCAUGCGUUGUAAAGACGAAACAAAAGGAACAUAACAUAUUCUAAACGUACAGGAAAAUGUCAUGAGUUCAAUUCGUAGAUCUGUCUUGAAACGUUUGAAGUAAAUUCGUACGAAACAUGUAAAUAGCGACAAGCAUUGUCUUUUUACAAACUAGUUUUACAUGGUGCACUAACUUCGUCUCGCGAAGACGUUGUGAGAUGUCCCUUUAAGGUGUACAAAGGCUACUUUAUUCUUUCUUUCUUUCUUUCUUUACUAAGAAAAAUAAAAAAGCAAAAAAAUGAGAGAUGGGACCAAUGUUGUUAAAAUUCAUCUAUAUUUACUUUUAACAUUGUAACGAGCACGUGUGCUUUUCUUUUCCUCAACUUUCUGUAAGUUAUCGAACACUCUUUUGUACAGAUGUUGUAAAUAUCUUACUUUGUUUUUCUAAUAAGUGACCAAUAACUUUCGAUCGAGUUGCAGGAUCCGUGAAAGCGAUAAACUAUACUAAUAGAUGACUACGUUUUAUAGAAAAUGAACGUUUUGUAGAAACUGUAUUAUUAGAAGAUAUAAUGUAGGCUACUUUAUUUCUUUACAGGUUGGAUAUUUCAAUCCUGGCAAGCAUAGGAUUAUUUUAUUAAUGUAGUCUGCGGUUUAAUUUAAGUAUUUGCUAAUUUGACAUAUUGUCUGAUCUCUAUAAUGGGUCGAAUGUGACCCUUAAGAAGAUGAAUGUUCAGUCAUGAAGUAUUUUUUGCGAAUUAUACUGGUUGAUAAUAAACGGCAUAACCGUAUAUCUAAAUUUACUGCAGAUCAUAGCACCUUAGCUUGUGUACACCUUGAAGAAUGCCAUAAUGAUACUGAACAUAUUUUUUUAAUACAUUUUAAGUGGAUGGUGCUGCGAGAGGCGAGUGGUUCAAAACACAGUGCAUCAGUCACUUUUAAUCUUUUGUAAUUGCAAAUUUUUGUACAAGUAGUUGCUAAUUAAACUCUCAUUUGUAAAAUUUAGUAUCACAUAAUAGCAUCCUCAUUUAUUGUACUAUUUUUGAAUUCAAUAGGAAUUAAUGUCUUUUUUUCUUCAAACAAGUUUCCGAUACUUACAUUAAAAUACCGCAAUGACAGUCUUUAUUGAAGACUGGUUUCUUGAAGGAAAAUGUAAAAAAGAAGAAAUUACAUUUUUAUGGAGAAUUAACUUCCACAUUGUAGAUUAGUAUUUGUUUUAGUCGGAUGAUCUCUUUUCCAUCAAUUUGUAAAGAUUUAGAAUGUGAAUACAUGCAUCAUCUAGAUUAAUACAUAUGCUAUAAAACAUGUACUUGCAAAAUUUAAAUCGCGCAUAUAGUUUUUUUUAAACUUUAUUACUAUCAUUUCUGUGAUUGAUAAAAAAGCAAACAAACAAGCAAUAUCACUGCCAAUCAGUGGUUGAAGAAUCUUAGAAUCUUUGCCACAAUUUGAAGGAUCUCUUUCCUACAGUUAAUGUUAAUUUUAUAUGAUUAAUGAAGUCUGGUUCAAAUAUCAAGCUCUUUCAUAUAACAUGAUAUCAAGAAAGUCUUACGAUUUUCUAGCUGUACAAUAAGUUAAAAGUAUUGUUUAUUUUAAUCGUUAAGCGUAUCUUUAGUCAAAAACAUAAUCUCCUGACUUAGCCUGUAAAAUGUAAUAAUUUUGAUACAGUGGUCCUGUAUCGUUGGAGAGAAAAUGAACAACGUUUUGAAGAAAAAGCGUUUAGAAUGUUACAAUUAUAUAAAUCUGCAAGCGAAGAAACGAGACGAACGCUGUACAUAACUACAAAUAGUAUCCAUUGUGAUCAGUAUAUUAACUCUAUUAGUUGAACAAUCAGUAGUGCAGGAUUUGCAUUCCAUUUGAAACAUCUGUAACCCUUUAUCUUAUAUAGAGAAAGGAUGAAGAAUUGCAGAAAGAUCUUACAUAUUUCUUUCUAUUUUUGUACACGAUGGAACCAAUAAGAGGAUACCUUAACAAAACUUUUCAUUAUAGGUCCUAUAAAUAAAGAGUUAAAUUCCUGCAAAUGAUUGUAGUUAUGAUCCUUAAUUAAAUUAAUUCAGAUGACUUAUGAUAAGAAGCUAGUAUAGUUUUUGUACCUGUUUGUAAUAUUUCUAUACGAUAUAAUUAAUGUAUGUAACAUUUGUGUAGACGCAGCAGAGCAAUUUGUAAUAAUACUGUAUAUGUGCAAUGAGAAGUUUCAGUAAUAAAAUUUUAGGAAAUGUAAACUAUUGUAUAAUGAAUGGUACACCAUUCGUUCCUAUUUAAUUACUUUAUUUUAAUAUUCGCUCCCUGAUAACAUUCAGAUGUCGGUAAAAUUUAAAUUUCACCGCCAUAAAACUACAACUGACGCCAUUUAGCGGCCAUGCACCAAACUAUCGAAAUAAAAGAUUGCAUUUUUCUUCAAAAUUAUCGACCUUUACGUCGUUCUGAGAUCAGCAAAAUAUUCUGCGAUAUCGGUAGAAGAGCAAGAUUAUAAUCGCAAUGAGCCAACCGAGUCAGAAAAGAAAAAUAAAAAAUAUUGAUUUUUACAGGAUGCAAAAUGCUCAGCCAUCUAGCGGUGCACAGCGGAAAAAUGUCCCCCGACCGCAAUAAAGUUGAAAUGGUGUCAUCUUAAGGGCAGUACCCCGUUUUUUAUUAUCCCCAAAUCGAUCGAGCGCCGACGUUAGUUUAAUUAAGUUAUGCACUGUAUGAAAAA